CCCUCAGAGGAAUAUCGAGGAAAUACGAGCUCCGGGGACUAGGGCUUUUCUGAAAGGAUGGCUUCCUCCGCUCCCUCGUCCUCCAACGAUGCUCCGGACCCCACCCCACCUAAUCUGCGACCUACAACUUACGACUCGUGGUGCGGCGUGGCUCACGGGUGCACCAGGAAGAUCGGGCUGAAGAUAUGCGGAUUCCUGCAAAGGACCAACAGCCUGGAAGACAAGGGCCGGAUCGUCAGCUCUCUGAAGGAAAAGCAGUCCUCCAAGAGCAUGCUGGCAUGCGAGAACAGUGAGAAGGGAUCCAGGUUCCGGCGCACCGAGACAGACUUUUCCAAUCUGUAUGCCAGAGAUUUGUUGCCCUCCAAGAAUGGUGAGGAGCAGACCAUGCAGUUUCUGCUGGAGGUUGUGGACAUCCUCCUCAACUACGUGAGGAAGACUUUUGACAGAUCCACCAAAGUGCUGGACUUCCACCACCCACAUCAGCUCCUGGAAGGCAUGGAGGGCUUCAACCUGGAGCUUUCAGACAACCCUGAGUCCCUGGAGCAGAUUCUGGUGGAUUGUCGGGACACACUGAAAUACGGAGUGAGAACAGGUCACCCUCGCUUUUUCAAUCAGCUGUCCACAGGACUGGACAUUAUUGGCUUGGCUGGGGAGUGGCUGACAUCUACUGCUAACACAAACAUGUUUACCUAUGAAAUUGCUCCUGUUUUUGUCCUCAUGGAACAAAUAACACUUCGAAAGAUGAGGGAGAUUAUUGGAUGGUCAAACAAAGAUGGUGAUGGAAUAUUCUCACCUGGAGGCGCGAUCUCCAACAUGUACAGCAUAAUGGCUGCACGCUACAAGUAUUUCCCUGAAGUUAAAACCAAAGGCAUGGCUGCAGUGCCUAAACUGGUUCUCUUUACUUCAGAGCAUAGUCACUACUCAAUAAAGAAGGCUGGAGCUGCACUUGGAUUUGGAACAGACAAUGUUAUUUUGAUAAAAUGCAAUGAAAGAGGCAAAAUAAUACCAGCUGAUUUGGAGGCAAAAAUUCUGGAAGCAAAAGAAAAGGGAUAUGUUCCUCUUUUUGUAAAUGCAACUGCAGGCACAACAGUAUAUGGAGCCUUUGAUCCAAUACAGGAGAUUGCAGAUAUAUGUGAGAAAUACAACCUCUGGCUCCAUGUAGAUGCUGCCUGGGGGGGUGGACUCUUAAUGUCCCGAAAGCACCGUCACAAAUUGAACGGAAUAGAAAGAGCCAACUCAGUCACUUGGAAUCCACACAAGAUGAUGGGAGUGUUGUUACAAUGUUCUGCCAUUCUUGUCCGGGAGAAGGGUAUUCUUCAAGGCUGCAAUCAAAUGUGUGCAGGCUAUCUCUUCCAGCCAGACAAACAGUAUGACGUCUCCUAUGACACUGGAGAUAAGGCAAUACAGUGUGGUCGACAUGUAGACAUUUUCAAAUUCUGGUUGAUGUGGAAAGCAAAGGGUACAGUAGGAUUUGAAAAUCAGAUCAAUAAAUGCCUGGAGCUGGCAGAAUAUCUCUACACUAAAAUCAAAAACAGAGAAGAAUUUGAGAUGGUUUUUGAAGGGCAGCCAGAGCAUACAAAUGUAUGUUUUUGGUAUAUUCCUCCAAGUCUCAGGGGCAUGCCAGACUCUGAUGAGAGAAGAGAAAAAUUACACAGGGUGGCACCAAAAAUCAAGGCAUUGAUGAUGGAGUCAGGUACCACCAUGGUUGGCUAUCAGCCUCAGGGCGAUAAAGUCAACUUCUUCCGAAUGGUCAUCUCCAACCCAGCAGCAACUAAGUCUGACAUUGACUUCCUCAUUGAGGAAAUUGAGAGAUUGGGGCAGGAGCUGUAGUGGUUGAAUGAUUUAUUUCUUGAAUUCACUGUUUUCCAGCACUGGCUAUUUUUUAAACCCGGUUCUGCAGAACAUGUUUAAAGGAAAUUCUCUUUCUGUAAGUUGCAAUCUCCUAAGACAUCCUUAAACAACUAUAGGCUACUGAAAUAUAUAUGUAUUGGUAGAUCAUAUUAUUGAGGGAAAAUGUAUUAUCUUGAAGUUGAAUUACUAUUGACUCUUACAUUGGUCUUGUUUAUUGUAGACAGCAGAAAAUUAAUAG